AUGACUAUGGUAGGCACACGGCUGGGGAUGAUCUUCAUGUUUGUUGGAUGUGGAUUCCUGAUCGGCACCCCGAUCGCAUCCCUUAUGUUGGAUUUGGCGAAGGCAGAUCUCUGGGAGGCGCAGCUCUUUAGUGGCGUGUUUGUGACGGCGGGCACAGUAUGCUUUGUGAUUCUGCGGUUGAUUUUGGUGAAAAAGGUGGAUGGAUGGGAGAUCAGAGAUUCCUGGCAAACUUAUGAAGGAGUUGAAAUGGUUUAUUAG